AACCAUACAAACCAAAACUUAACGUGGUUGUAAAUUCGAACUCCACUUGGAAAGAAAGGGUAAAAAUGAAAUUUUAUUAAAACCGCGUCAACAGUAAAAUGAUCCUCUGUUCCCAAAACCUUGUAAAAAGGAUUAAGAAACUGAUGAAAGUACAGUAACAGUAGCUUCAGCUUCACAAAUAAAUAAAUAAACCGAAACCUACUCACUCCAACCAACCAAACCAAUAAUCGAAGUAACCUUCCCAUUCUCAAUUCCAACAACAUUUUACUGUGCCAUUCAUUUAUUCUACUCAGAUGAAUUCGAACAUGGAUAAUGAAAGAGAAAUCGAAAACAAUUAUGCCCUCAGCGGCAAGAUAAUGCUAACCGCCAUUAUCAUUCUCUUCGCCGUUAUCAUAAUAAUGCUCUGUCUCCAUUUUCUAAUUCGAUACUACCUUCUACGUGAUCGCACACGUCAACACCUCCGUCGUCAACCUUUCAUCUUUUACGUGGACCCGUCCGCCCCUGCUUCACUGACACUCGCCGUCUCUCGGGGCCUUGAUGCCUCCGUGAUCUCGUCGCUCCCAGUUUUCAAUUUUUCCUCCAACACGGAUCAAGCGGUGGAAUGCGCUGUUUGUUUAUCGGAGUUUGAAGAUGGAGAAACAGGUCGGGUUUUACCCAAAUGUAAUCAUAGUUUUCAUAUUGAUUGUAUUGAUAUGUGGUUUCAGUCUCAUUCUACAUGUCCGCUUUGUAGAGCGCCCGUGGAGGCUGCGCCGGUUCAAGCGACCAGACAAGAAGUGACAAUUGAUAUGUGUGAACCGGAAUUGGUUUUGGGUUCGAGUUCUGGUGAAGAAAUGAACCGGUCUGUAUCGGAAUUUUCUUCUUCUUGUUCUUCCUCAUGUUCUGAUGAGAAGCAAUCUUCAUCGGUUGACAUUACCGUUGAGAUUCCGAGAAGGAGUGAAUCCGAUUGCAAGAGUUUUGCUGUGGGAGAGUCGAGUUGUGAUUCACCAUCAUCGUUUCGGUCACCAAUGAGUCGUGUUUUGUCGUUCACGAGAAUCCUUAGCAGAGAGAGGAAACCAAGCAUUUCUCCGUCGUUGGAUUGUGCAGAACGAGGUGAAAGGGAGGAGACUCGGUGAGUUGAUUGAUGACUUAAGUGCAUGAAUGUUGCAACACAAAUUACAAUGUCAACGGGGAGGGAUGACGAUCAUCAUUUGCCAUGCUCAAACAUCGCUACUGUCUCGUCAUAAUUGAACCGAGGAAGGUAGCAAUAUUCGAGUGACAUGGCAUGCAGUUAAGCCAAAGACGAUGGUCAUUUCUUGAUGUAUAAAUGAAUAGUUAAAUCGUUUUUGCAAAUUUGGAGUUCUGUUCUUUACCUACAUUAGAUAAGUCAUAGAAGAUGAACUCAAGAUAUAAGAUUGUUUAUGUGAAUCUCUUAAAAUACAUUACUUUGAGGCAAUUCAUUCAA